AAAGUUACCAAUACAUUCGUAAACUAGUGCGUACCACCAGAAUGACACCUAUUCUAAGCCGUCUACGGACGGCGAGCACAAUCGUGCUUUUAAUUCCUAUGGCUAUGUCCAUGGUAGUGAUCGAUAGCAACACAUACGAUGUGAAUCAUUUGGAUAUUACAACGGAUCGUUUGGAAGACACAACGACGGAGCUAAACUUUUACUCGCUCCCGGACAACACUAGUGUUGCCGUGCCCAUACACCUGACGCUGGACGAAAGGAUAGAGCUGGAGCAGCUCACGUGGCAUUGGUAUCCUUGGCGAAGGAUCAGCUACGAUGUAUUGCCCGAUGGCAAAAAGGUUGAACUAUUCUGCGACGGCGGAUCCUCGAUGGACGAUUUGCCCGAUGAUAUAUUUACACAGGAACAACGGUUGCAGGGUGCUAUCGUACUUCACUUCGUUGGUGCCAUUUACUUCUUUACCAUGGUGGCGUACAUUUGCAGCGAGUAUUUUUUGCCGUCGGUUGAGUGUAUCUGCGAGGAUCUCAAUCUAACACAGGAUGUUGCAGCCGCUACUUUCAUGGCCGUGGCUUCCACCAUGCCAGAGUUUUUCACCAAUACCAUCAGCACGUUCAUUGCAGACUCCGACAUGGGGCUGGGAACGGUUAUGGGGUCGCUUCUCUUCAACACACUCGGCGUGGCAGGAUUGGCUGGGCUGGCAACGAAAGCGCCUGUUCAAUUGGACUGGUGGCCGCUAACACGCGACUCGAUCGUGUUCUCAGCACACGUCGCACUGCUGAUUGGGUUUGCAUGGGACGGGCGAAUCUAUUGGUACGAGGCAAUGGUGUUCUUCAUCCUGUUUUUCGUCUACUUUGUACUGAUGUUUCAAAACAAGCGGCUUAUGAAGAUUGCGAAGAGAUACAUCGAGGUAAAAUGGAAUCUGUGUGCGCGAGUCAUUCGCAACAUCGAGGAGGAUGAAAGGAUCGCGGCAGAAGCGCAGGCACAGCAGGAAAUUGCUACCAUUCCAAAUCUUGCACGAAAAACGCUCGAAAAACCAGCCUUCCGCGCAUCGACGGCUUCAAUCCUGUCCGAGCAGAUGGCCGAGACAAAGAUGAAGAUGGGUGAAUUGCAGAUUCCCUCUCGUCAUGUCGUUGAAGACCCGGGUGAGUAUGAUGACAUGACGCUGUGGAAGAUGUCCUCAGAAACUUGGUACCGAGCGAUUUGGUGGUGGUACAGUUGGCCACUCCGAUUCAUCACCCACUUUACCAUCCCGUCACCUGCCACGAUGCGUCGCUGGUACCCGCUUACGUUCAUCAUGUGCAUCGUGUAUCUUGCGGGAUGCGCUUUCAUGAUCUUCUGGCUGCUCUCAAUCAUCGGAUACACGUUCGACAUCCCCGAGUCGGUGAUGGGGUUAACGUUCCUGGCCUUUGGUGGAUGCAUGCCGGAAGCCGUCUCGGCAGUGUUGGUCAUUCGUUCGGGCAGUGGCGCCAUGGGUGUCUCCAAUGCGAUGGGUGCCAACUCAUUGGCUAUCUUGUUUUCGCUCGGUUUACCCUGGUUCAUCCGUACGCUAUCUGAUGGUGGAAGCAGCAACAACUCGUACCUCGUGAUUGCUUCGUACGGACUGCAAUAUUCGAUUAUUGCUCUGCUUGGUGCGAUUGCAUGGUUGUACAUUGUCAUUUACGUGGCCGUAUACAAGCUGCGCAAGCGUGUCGGGAUGGUUUUGUUCGUCGGAUACGGUAUCAUUGUCGCCUUCAUGAUCUUGAACGAGCUAGAUAUCAUCAUUCCCUCCGGCGAAGAGUGUUAGCUAGGGUACCGUUUUAGGCAAUCCCUACUGAUACGUAUGUGUAUACUCCCUGUAGACAUCGGCAACGUUUCUACUCUCAAUCGGUGACAUCCAAGUGGAAUACUCCCCAACAAAAUGCUCAAACCCCCUAUCCGGAAGUGGCCAGAAGCUCAGGAAAAUAGCCUUUGCGUAAUGAU